UAUGAUUUUUUGUUAUUUAUUGUCUUAUAAUUAUUGCUGCUUUUUAAAUUAUAUUGGCCUUCCUAGCAUCAGUCCCUUUUGUCACUUCUCCUUUCCUCAUCUGCUCUGAGUCUGGAGCUGGAGCAGCAGGGAUGUGAAUGGCAAUGCCUGCUCAGAGCAGUGAUCCCAUCCCUGUUUCACCUCCCCGUGUUCCCAAGGCCCAUUGAAACAUGAUGGAUUUGUUUACCCAGCCUGCAGUCACGCCUGGGAAUGCUCCAACAGGCCCGACAGGAAGGUUGGGCUCUGCAGCUCUGACUCCUCAUCCCGUGCAGUCCCUCUGGUGCUCCCCAGAGCUGGGCAGCAGCUUUGGCACGACUGGAAACUCCUGUAUCCCAAAGCCUGACUCAGCUGCACUGCCCUGACUGCUCAUUUCAUGGGAAGGCAUUGUAUGAACACAUUUCAUGGGAAGGCACUGUAUGAACGAGGUGUAGAAUAGAGUAAUGUGUAUUUGGAAACUCCUGUAUCCCAAAGCCUGACUCAGCUGCACUGCCCUGACUGCUCAUUUCAUGGGAAGGCAUUGUAUGAACACAUUUCAUGGGAAGGCAUAGUAUGAACAAAUUUCGUGGGAAGGCAUCAUAUGAACGAGGUGUAGAAUUAAGUAAUGUCUGUUUGGAGGGUUUCAGCAACAUCCACAAGUGUUUAUGUGCUGUAGUUUUGUUCUGGCAAUUUGUCUUUUGCUUGUUUGAGAGAUUAUUGCAUAAAGGGAAGAUGCAUAAAAGAAAUACUGCUGAAAAAGCAAAUCUUUAUAGGCAUAGGUUCUUAUUCUUUUGUAUCCAAAAGACUUGGAGGUUUUGGUGCUAGUAAGGAUGAAAUGAACCCCGCAGUGAGGAGAAUAAAGUGGUUUUCACACAGAGAAAAUGAGCCAGGAGCAAGCAGCUCCCUCAGGAGCAGCUCUGCACACUCAGGGCCAGGAUAGUUAUGGAGCAAAGCUGACACUGGCACAGGCUCUUCCUCCUGCUCACUCUGUCCUUCUGAUCCCUCGUGUCCCGCUGUUCCCAGGCCAGGAUGCAGUUCCCGCUGCCCCUGCGUGCAGCCUGCAGCCUGCUGGCCUGGUUCUGCCUCUACAAGUGGUUCUGCCACCGCUGCCGGCACCGGAGCCUCGAGUGGAGCUGCAGGCUGGUCACCCUGACCCAUGGCAUCCUGGCCACCUGCCUGUCCGCCUACAUCGGCUUCAUCGACGGCCCCUGGCCCCUCAGCCACCCAGGCUCACCCAACACAACCCUUCAGGUGCACGGGCUGUGCCUUAGCUUGGGCUACUUCAUUUUUGACCUGUGCUGGUGCGCGUACUUCCAGACGGAGGGUGCCCUGAUGCUGGCCCACCACCUGGUCAGCAUCGUGGGCAUCGCCGCCUCCUUGGCGCUGGGCGAGUCGGCCGGCGACGUCAACGCCGUCAUCUUCGGCAGCGAGAUCACCAACCCGCUGCUGCAGGCCCGCUGGUUCCUCAAGGAGCUGGGCCGCUACCACACCUUGGCGGGCGACCUGGUGGAUUUCCUCUUCGUGGUGCUCUUCACGGGCGUGCGCAUCGGCGUGGGGGCCUGGCUGAUGUACUGCGAGCUGGCCUCGCCCCGGCCCCGCUGGUACAUCAAGCUGGGCGGGGUGGUCAUGUACGUGGUGUCCUGGGUGUUCAUGGUCAGCAUCUGCCGCUUCGCCAGGAGGAAGAGCAUCAGCAAGUACCAGGCCUGGAGGAGCCGCAGGAGCCGCGAGCUGGGCUGGAAAACCAACGGGCACCUCAAAGGGCACUGAUGGAGGAUGAGCAGAAUGGCUCGAGUUCACGGGCUGGCGAGGAGGGGUUCGUGCCUGAAAUGCUGCUGGAGGGAGAGGAGCCAACGCACGUUAGCAGAUCUGGAGCCAAAUUUAUCCCUGGCCUAACUCCACUGAAAGCCAUGGAGCUAUGCCAUGGAUUCACUGGGCAGAGCUGGCACGGUGUGCACAGCCUGAACGAGGAGGGAAAGAAGAAUUUAUAGACUAACCAUGGCUAGUCCAGCAGUUCAGGUGUAAAUGGUGAUGUGGAGGGAAAGAAGAAUUUAUACACUAACCAUGGCUAGUC